CCCACCCCCUCAUUCCUCCCUCGCCUUCACCCCCACCCCCACCACUUCACCACCGCUCAGGAUUUGUUUAAACCUUGGGAAACUGGUUCAGGUCCAGGUUUUGCUUUGAUCCUUUUCAAAAACUGGAGACACAGAAGAGGGCUCUAGGAAAAAGUUUUGGAUGGGAUUAUGUGGAAACUACCCUGCGAUUCUCUGCUGCCAGAGCAGGCUCGGCGCUUCCACCCCAGUGCAGUCUUCCCCUGGCGGUGGUGAAAGAGACUCCGAAGUCGCUGCUUCCCAAGUGCCCGCCGUGAGUGAGCUCUCGCCCCAGUCAGCCAAAUGCUCCUCCUCGGGCUUCUGCUGACAUCUGCCCUGGUCGGCCAGAGACUGGGGACUCAGGCAGAAUCCAGCCUGAGCAGUAAAUUCCAGUUCUCCAGCAACAAGGAACAGAACGGAGUACAAGAUCCUCAGCAUGAGAGAAUUAUUACUGUGUCUACUAAUGGAAGUAUUCACAGCCCAAGGUUUCCUCGUGCUUAUCCAAGAAAUAUGGUUUUGGUAUGGAGAUUAGUAGCAGCAGAGGAAAAUGUAUGGAUACAACUUACAUUUGAUGAAAGGUUUGGGCUUGAAGACCCAGAAGGUGACAUAUGCAAGUAUGAUUUUGUAGAAGUUGAGGAACCCAGUGAUGGAACUAUAUUAGGGCGCUGGUGUGGUUCUGGUACUGUACCAGGAAAACAGAUUUCUAAAGGAAAUCAGAUUAAGAUAAGAUUUGUAUCUGAUGAAUAUUUUCCUUCUGAACCAGGGUUCUGCAUUCACUACAACAUUGUCAUGCAACAAUUCACAGAGGCUGUGAGUCCUUCAGUGUUACCCCCAUCAAUUUUGCCACUGGACCUGCUUAAUAACGCUAUAACUGCCUUUACUACCUUGGAAGACCUUAUUCGAUAUCUUGAACCAGAUAGAUGGCAGUUGGACAUAGAAGAGCUAUAUAGGCCAACUUGGCAAAUUCUUGGCAAGGCUUUUGUUUUUGGAAGAAAAUCCAGAGUGGUGGAUCUGAAUCUUCUAACAGAGGAGGUAAGAUUAUACAGCUGCACACCUCGUAACUUCUCAGUGUCCAUAAGGGAAGAACUAAAGAGAACCGAUACCAUUUACUGGCCAGGUUGUCUCCUGGUUAAACGCUGUGGUGGAAACUGUGCCUGUUGUCUCCACAAUUGCAAUGAAUGUCAAUGUGUCCCAAGCAAAGUUACUAAAAAAUAUCAUGAGGUCCUGCAGUUGAGACCAAAGACGGGUGUCAAGGGAUUGCAUAAAUCUCUCACCGAUGUGGCCAUGGAGCACCAUGAGCAGUGUGACUGUGUAUGCAGAGGGAGCACAGGAGGAUAACCACAUGACCACCAGCAGCUCUUACCCAGAGCUGUGCAGAGCAGUGGCUGAUUCUGUUAAAGAACUUACAUGUUAUCUCCAUCCUUAAUCUCAUUUGUUUGCUUCAAGGACCUUUCAUCUUCAGGAUUUACAGUGCAUUCUGAAAGAGGAGUCAUCAAACAGAAUUAGGAGUUGUGCAACAGCUCUUUUGAGAGGAGGCCCAAAGGACAGGAGAAAAGUUCUUCAAUCGUGGAAAGAAAAUUAAAUGUUGUAUUAAAUAGAUCACCAGCUAGUUACAGAGUUACCGUGUACCUAUUCCACUAGCUGCGUUCUGUAUUUCAGAUGUUUUGAUAUGGCUUAGGGUAAUGUCAGUAGAGGAAAAAACUGUGCAAGUGAGCACCUGAUUCUGUUGUCUUGCUUAACUCUAAAGCUCCAUGUUCUGGACCUAAAAUUAUAUAAAAUCUGGAUUUUUUUCUCAUAUUCACAUAAGUAAAUGAGAACAUUCUAUGUACUUACUACAAACCUAGUUUUUAAAAAGGAACUAUGUUGCUAUUAAUGAAACUUGUGUCAUGCUGAUAGGAAAGACUGGAUUUUUCAUAUUUCUUAUUAAAAUUUCUGCCAUUUAGAAGAAGAGAACUAAAUUCAUGGUUUGGAAGAGACAAACCUGAAAACAAGAGUGGCCUUAUCUUCACUUUAUCUCCAAGUCAGUUUAUUUGUGUUAUUGUGUACAUUUUUAUAUUCUCCUUUUGACAUUAUAACUGUUGGCUUUUCUAAUCUUGUUAAAUAAUAUCUAUUUUUACCAAAGGUAUUUAAUAUUCUUUUUUAUGACAACUUAGAUCAACUAUUUUUAGCUUGAUAAAUUUUUUCUAAACAGAAUUGUUAUAGCCAGAGGAACAAAGAUGAUAUAAAAUAUUGUUGCUCUGACAAAAAUACAUGUAUUUCAUUCUCGUAUGGUGCUAGAGUUAUUCUGCAUUUUCAAAAACUGAAUUGGAAAUCAAUAGAAUUGGUAAGUUGCAAAGACUUUUUGAAAAUACUUAAAUUAUGAUAUCUUCCAUUCCUGUUAUUGGAGAUGAAAAUAAAAAGCAACUUAUGAAAGUAGACAUUCAGAUCCAACCAUUACUAACCUAUUCCUUUUUUGGGGAAAUCUGAGCCUAGCUCAGAAGAACAUUAAGCACCUUGAAAAAGACUUGGCCGCUUCCCAGCAAGGCGUGCUGUGCUAUGCUGUAGGAACACAUCCUAUUUAUUGUGAUGUAACAGUUUUAUGACCUUGCACUCUGUUCCAUACACUUAUAUAAAUACAUGGAUAUUUUUAUGUACAGAAGUACACCUUUAACCAUUUCACUUAUUGUACUCUUUGGCAAUUGAAAAUCAGUAAACUAUUUUGCUUGUAAAAUGCUUAAUAUCGUAACUAGGUUAUGUGGUGACUAUUUGAAUUAAAAAUGUAUUGAAUCAUCAAAUAAAAGAAUGUGGCUAUUUGGGGGAGAAAAUUAAGUGUGUGUACGUGUGUGUGUGCACUCAAGAUUUACCUCUUGGACUCUGAGAAAAUGAAAGCAAUAAAGUAUUGUGUUAUUAUUUUCAUUAUGCAAAA